AUGGCUACUGUGCGAAAUGUAAUAAACGAAUUGAAGGUUCAACAGGAAAAUUUGCAGUCACAAAUAGAAGAGUUGAACGCCGAAAUCAAGAACGCAGAGGAUGAAAAUUAUAAGCUAGAACAAACUAAACUCUCGCUACAGCAUCAGGAAACUUUACUCCAACAAAAAAUCAAGAAGACUGCAGAGCAGGAAAAGGCCAAGCUUGAUGAAAUCCACAAACUGGAGGCACAUUAUUCUGGUGUUAACGAAUCAUCAGAAAGUCUUACGGCAAAAAGCAAAGACGCUUAUGAGAAGCAUGAAAAAUUGCUAGAUGAGCUAAAGGAAGCUCAAGAACAGGCCAACAAGAAUGAUAUGAUGUACGAAGAACUGAAAAAGCGCCUUGUACAUAUGGAACAAAAUCGCAACAGGAUGGAAAAGCGUGCUGCUUUAAAAGAAGCUGAGGCUAUGCGUUUGGAAGAGGGCUUUAAAGACGCCAACUCUCAGGUUGAAAUUCUAAAAUCAAAAGACUUUGAGGAUGAUACUGAUUUGAUGGAUAAAGUCUCCGAAUUGCAGAAAAGGCUAGAUGAGGCCAUUCGGACCGCGGAGACUUCUGAACGCCUUGGAGCAGCUUUUGAGCAAUCCAUUGAAAAUCUCAAGCGUUUUCUGACACCUGGCAAAUUGAGUAGAACUGUCGUACCUGCAUGGCAUUUCAUGCCGCAUAACUGUGAUGGAGUUAUUGACUGGCGGGUUGACACCGCUCUUAUUGGCUUGGCAGUUUCCAGAGUGGCUUGUGUUCAGUUCUCACACGCUGUUGAGCAAAUUGCAAAACAGCGUGAGGAGAAUGCGAAAAUCAAGGACGAGAUGGAGAAAAUGAACGACGUCUUUGAGAUUUCCGAGCCUUAA